GUUUAACCACAGGUAAAAUAAAACGUUGCAAAAAUAUGCUCAAAAGUAUUCCAUCCGGGACCAUUCCAUCUUUUUAAGAAUAACUAGAAUUCUUUAACACAUACUCUCCAUUUAAAAGACAGUAAAUUGUGAUCUGAGAGACGUUUGACUGCUGAAAUUUCUACUAUUCUACCGAAUAUGAAGAAGCAGCGAAAGCAAUGUGUAAAGCAACGGAAGUUGGUUUGCAAUACAACGGAAGUUGUUGCUGCGCAAGUAUAAAAUAAGAAGCGGUAAACUAAAAUAAUGACUUCUCCUUCGAGACAGAAACUUUACUUAGUUUGAGGUGUCGUCUAUCUUGUCUUCGUAAUUCACCAUUCUGCAGACAUGUCUUCACAUUCUGACGGAGGAGGUCGUAUCACUUUGGCACUACAAAAGUUGUGUCGUUUAGUCACAUCUUGUUCUGAAGAUGAAAUCCUGCCUUAUUACCAACAUGCAAUCAAGAUCAUUAGCAUGCAUUUUGAUACUCCAACUAACUGUAAUGAAUUUGACAUUGUGGAGAAAAUUAAAAGACACUUAGCUAGAAAUGGAAGAGAGAAAGAAGCUGCUUCAUUUGCCAGUUCUUACAGAGUAUUCCAGAACAAUAAUACUAUCAAACAAAAGGGAUCUGUACUUGUAUUUCUGUAUCGUCUGAAAGAAAGUAACUUGCUGAACAACCAGCUGUCAACUGGACAACUGUUUGGUCAGAGCCUGACUAGUUUUUAUACCUCUACACCUAUCAUGAACGAUGCAACCCACAUUUCACAUGCUAUUGGGGAUGUCUCCUCUUCACAGUCAUCAUUUCCCAAAUCUGCAUCCGCUAGCAGUGGUUUUAGCAGUCUUCCAUCACCAGAGACACAGUUUCCUCCAAGAUUGGUAAAUGGCCAUGACCCAUCUGUAGUUAAAAGUAAGAGUUUCCCAACAGCUCUACAGAACCAACAGAAACCAGUGUCUGAUUCACCUCGAUAUACUGUCUGUUCACGGUCCAAAAGCGCAGCCAAUAUUACACCAGAUGCACGAAUACCUGUCAACAAAAGUGACAAAAUGCCUUAUGAGAUAACUGAAUCUGAGCUCUUGAAAGAUCUAGUCUAUGUGUUCCAAGGUAUUGAAGGAAAAUGGAUCAAGUUUGACCCAGCUUCUAAUGCUUACAGGAUUGAUCCUGAGAUCGGAAUAGGGAGAGCAGUGUGCCAUCGAGUCAGUAAGUUGGCAGAGUGUGGCUGGCUUCACAACAAGAUCAAAGAAUACGUGGAGUGUCACAGUCAACUAAAAGCUGUUGGUCUUGUUGAACAGAGUUUCUGUGCUGCUCUCCAUCAAGAACUGACUGAAUAUUACAGACUAAUGGCUGUCUUGGAGAGUCAGCUGCACCAAGAAGAACAAGGCAUUGUGGGAGAAUAUGGUCAUCUUUCUUUAUGUCGUAUGGUUGUGUGGACAACUGACCCAUUAAUUCGUCUCAAGGCACUAGCUGCUCUGGUUGAUGUUUGUAAAAAUAAAAGAGGUGGUGCCUUGGCUUCCACAAUAUAUUCCUGUAUGCAACAUGGCGAUCCCUACAUCAAACAAAUGCUCCAACAUCUCCUCAAUAUGGUUGUCCAUCCUAUUUAUGUGACGUUGCUGCGCUGGAUUUAUGAUGGAGAUUUAGAAAAUGACCCCUUAGGAGAAUUUUUUGUGGCCUGCAACCCUAAAAUUGGUGUUGACGUGUGGCGGAGUAAAUACAUGCUACGUACUGCUAUGAUUCCAUCUUUUAUCAGUACUGAACAGGCAGAAAAGAUCUUAAAUGCUGGCAAAUCCAUCAAAUUUCUCCACUGCGUCUGUAAUGAACAAACCCCAGCUAAAGGUCAACAAGCUGUACAAGAGAUCAAUGUUAAACAAGCUGAAUCCAUGUUUACCCAGAACACAAACUCCAGCUUUCAGCAGAUGAUUGAUUCGGUUUAUGUAGAAACCAGUCGAAGACUUCUUGAUUGCAUGCACAAAAAUUACAAGUUUAUGGAUCACCUAAAGGCACUUCGGCGAUAUCUACUUUUUGGUCAAGGAGACUUUAUCACACACCUAAUGUGUUUGCUGGAGACAGAAUUAGCAAAACCUGCUAACACCCUUUACCCUCACAACUUGACUGGGAUUCUGGAAGCUGCAAUCCGAGCAACAAAUGCUCAGUUUGAUGACAGUGAUAUUUUAGAUCGUUUGGAUGUGAAAAUGAUGGAGGUUUCCUCCCAAGACACAGGUUGGGAUGUCUUCAGUUUAUACUAUCAUGUUGAUGGACCAAUUAAAACUGUGUUCUAUGAUGAGUGUGUUAUCAUGUACUUGAAAGCAUUCAACUUCCUUUGGCGUGCUAAACGAAUGGAACAUAUUCUUGCAACAGUUUGGAAAGGACUGCUUUUCAAUGCGAAAAGCUAUCGCCAUUUACCAGAAUUGAAGAAUCCUUUGCACCGAUGUCAUGUCCAGUGUUCUAAAAUGGUGCAGUUCAUAAGCCAGCUGCAGUAUUACAUAAACUUUGAGGUUCUGGAAUGUUCUUGGGAUAAAUUGGUGAAUGAAGUGAAGAAAUCUAAAGAUUUAAAUGACAUCAUAAAGGCACAUGAUUUGUUCUUGGAAGAAAUUACAACUGGCUGUUUAUUGGACAAAGACUCUUAUAAAAUCUCAGAACAACUUCGUAGUAUUUUUGAUUUAAUUAUUAAAUUCCAAGUUGAAUUGGAAAAGAUGUAUAAAUUAAUUAAUGAGGAGAAACUAAGACGGGCAGAGAUUGAAUCUGCAAGAAAAAGGAAAACAAAUAAGGGUAUGUGGGCUUUAACUGAUGUUGAAGAAGCUCAUGACACAAAGAUGCGAGAGAUGUUCCAAGCAAAGGUCCAUAGCUGUACCACUGAAUUUAAUGUAUUGGGCACCACAUAUGAGUCAAUGGUACAGAGGUUCCUGGAUUUGUUGGACAUCAGUAAAUUUGACGUGGACCACAAGUUGCAGUAUCUCUGUUACAGAUUGGAUUUCAAUGAGCAUUACAAGACUCUUGGCUCAAUGAAAGGCAUGUAUAGCCAAUACAUUAAUGGCAUUGAGAUAUAUUAAUGUUUUGUAAACUGGCAGACAAAUCUUUCUCACUUGGUUAAUUAGCGGGGGCUCAUAUUAAUGGGAAUUCAUGACCAAGCAAUAAAUACAGCUUCUUGAAAAUUAGCUAUAAUUAGCACGACAUCUGACAGCAGUAACAGUACUUGUACAUGCAUCACAAAUGCACACUCAUACAUAAGCACACAUGCACACAGGUGUGCAUGCGUGCUCACACACAGUUAUUUUAUUCAGGUUAUAAAUAAAUUGUAUUUGUGUGUCUGUG